AUGAACGAGUGGGCUCGACCAUUCAAUCUCGGUCAAAUCUCCGUCCCGGCAGCUGUCAUACGGCCUAAGGAUGCCAACGAAGUAGCCAGUAUCGUCAAAUGUGCUCUAAAACACAACAAAAAAGUCCAGGCAAAGGCCGGAGGUCACUCUUUUGCAAAUCAUGGAAUGGGAGGUGAAGACGGGGCUAUUUCUGUUGACCUUCACCAUCUCCAGUAUGUCUCGGUAAACUCAGUAGACCCUUCACAAAGCAUCCGUGUUGGCGGUGGUACAAGACUGGGCCAAAUCGACGAGCAGCUCCGCCCCUAUGAGAGAGCCAUUCCUCAUGGAGCAUGCUAUGGUAUUGGGAUUGGAGGUCAUGCGACAGUAGGCGGCCUCGGCUCAAUGUCGCGAAUGUGGGGAACCACUUUGGACCACGUCGAAGAGGUCGAAGUUGUCACGGCAAACGGCACAAUUGUGCGCGCCAAUGGCCGUCAGAACUCCGACUUGUUCUUUGCACUUAGGGGAGCUGGCGCCAGCUUUGGCAUAGUUACCGAGUUUGUUAUGCGAACACAACGUACCCCACGGGAAGUGCUACAUUACAGUCACGACCUCCAGUUCAAACAGUUCAACGAUUUGGUCGACGUUUACUUUGACUGGCAAACACUAAUCGCCGAUCCGCGCCUCGAUCCCCGUUUCGGUUCUGCGUUUUUCUUCACUUCUGAUGGCGCCCGGAUUUCGACAAUGUGGUACGGCACCGAAGAAGAUAUGCGCCAGUCUGGAAUUCUCGAUAAGCUGCCUUCCACCGGCGCCAAAAUUUCCGUCCACCAAGGAGACUGGGAGUUCUCACUGGCCAUGAAUGCUGAAGUAGAGUCACGUCACAUACCGAAUGUGUCAAACAACCUUUAUUCCAAGGGUCUUGGAUUCACUCAAGCAGACCUCUUGCCAAAAAAAGCCAUUGCUGAUCUCUUUGAGUUGCUGGAAUCUCAACACCAGGGAUCCGGGCCGUGGUCCAUUAAGUUUGAAGCAGCUGGCGGGGCAAUAUCGAAAACCCCCCUGACUGCCACAGCAUACGCGCAUCGCGAUAAGUUUAUGUUCUACCAGUCAUACUCUACCGACAAUAUGGUGACGAGGAAUCUCCUGGAAAAAUAUCACAGAAGGAUGUUGAACAGUCUUCCCAGCAACACUCCGAGUACUUACCCCGGAUUUGCCGACCCGGAACUGAGAGAUCCGCAGAGGAUGUACUGGGGAGCUAACCUGUGUACUUUGGAGGAAAUAAAGACUACCUGGGACCCCCUGGAUGUUUUCCAUAACCCCCAGAGCGUCCGUCUCAAGUCACCAUAG